CCUCUGUUUCAGUUAUAACUUGGUUAAUUUUCUGAUUCGUUAGUAACAUGAAUAUUAUGAUCAUAUGUCCUUAAUCUGAUACAAAUCAUUUAGCUGAGGACAAGCCAAAGAUAUUAAUGAAUGUAGAACUUAAUUUGGGAGUUGGAGUCUGCAGAUUGGCUGGCCGUCAAGAGCUUAAAGUUUCGUCCAGAACUGCAUAUUGGCAUUCAGAUGGAACCAAUUUCACUCGGUGUAACUAAGCCACUUGGGCUUUCCCCCAUGAAACACCCAACAACUGUGGGGAGAAAGCAUGGGCAGAUAAUAAAAGUGGAACAAAGUCGUUGACUUUUGACGCUGCAAGUGCCAAAAAGUUUAACAUAAACAACAAAUAAGGCAAAUGGAAUCCACCCCUACCCUUCAAUUUGCUUUAAGCUUUCUUCAUGACAGUUUCCAUGAAAUUGACUUGUAUACGUAUAGGUCAUUUCUCUUCUCCUGAUUGUGAACCUACCCUGGGUGAUUGCUUCUUUUUAUUAGCUGGGUUUUUUCUUCACUGCCUUACAGAAGGUAUCCAGAUAUUUUCUCAAGAGACCAGACAUACCUCUAUAUCUCUAUCCAAAUUGUGUUAAAAUGAGUAAAGCAUUAAAAAGUUUCAUGUAUGUGGAAAUUUUGGUAGUGAAUGUCGACUAUUAUGGACUUGUCAGAAAGUUUAUUUGGUCUCUUUUACUGUUUUUUGCAACAUUGGUCUUGGAUUUAUGAGAGAAUGAAGAAUUUGUUGCUGAAAGUGGGAAAAGCCUGGAGCUCAGAAUUGGAAAUCGUACUAAAUUCUGAGGAAUUGCCAACUUGUUUACCAAUUAUAGGCUUCUUAAACUAUCUGUUUACUGCAUGAUUUCUUUUAAAGUUUACGUUGUCAUGACAAAGCAUUCUAAUGCCAUGUAUUGGGUGUUAUGCAGGGACUUAACUGAACAAGUGGGAAAAAUUUUUGAAGUUGCAUAUACUUUAUGGAGUCUGAUUGGAAAGCCCUGGGAUUUCCCUGGAGGCUUUGAUCAGAAUUUAAAACAUAUGAAGAGAAAAAGGGAUGAGCUCAAUGGUCAGAAGGAAGACACGACAUCAAGAAUUAAAGCAGAGCUGCAUCCGAGAAAGAAAGUCAAGAAAGAAGUUGAGCUGUGGGUGGAAAAUGCUAAAAGGAUAAAUGUCGAAAUACAGAACCUAGAAUCUGAAGUUGAAGCUAGCAGCUUUCUCUCACGCGGAUUCCUUGGAAAGAAUGUUUGUAAGAAGAUAGAAGAAGUUGAAGAACUUCUUGAAAAGGGCAGAUUUUCUGAUGGCUUAGUUGUUGAUGAUCCUUCAUGGACUGGACAGGCGUUUCCAACACCAAGUUUAGUUGGUGAAACAAUAAAACUUAAGAAGGAUGAAAUUUUGGGAUACCUGAUGAAUAAUGAGGUUGUAAAGAUUGGAGUUCAUGGAAUGCCAGGAGUGGGGAAAACAAGUGUCAUGAAGCUUGUCAACAAUGAACUCCUAAACGAUGCAGACAAGUUUAAUAUUGUAGUAUGGGUCACUGUGUCAGGGGAAAGCGGUGUUGUUGAACUACAGAAUAAGAUUGCACGGGCAAUGGAUGCUGUUAUUUCUGAAGAUGAAGAUGGAACAAUAAGAGCUGGGAUACUAUCUGAAAUAUUGGGUCAAAAGGGCAGGUAUGUGUUAAUCUUAGAUGAUGUACGGGAGCACUUUUCUCUUGAGGAAGUUGGAAUUCCUGAGCCAUCUGCAAGUAAUGGGAGUAAAUUAGUGCUAACAACUCGAUCAUUGGAUGUAUGUCGACACAUGGAUUGUCGACAAAUAAAAAUGGAAACACUUCCUGAAGCAGAUGCGUGGAGAUUGUUCUUGGAAAAAGUUGGUCAAGAUCUAAUGAAUAUUGCUGAUUUAGUGCCAGUUGCAAGAUCUGUUGCUGAGCAUUGUGCUGGUUUGCCUCUGGCAAUAAUUGCAGUUGCUAGUAGCAUGAAAGGUGAAUAUAGCCUUCCUAUAUGGAGGAACUCAUUCAAUGAAUUGAAUAGGAAUGUCCACAGUAUCAAUGGAGAUGUUAAAGACAUGGUGAUUCAGCGAUUGAGGUUUAGCUAUGAUCGUUUGCUCGAUCCAAAAAUUCAGAAAUGUUUCCUCAUUUGUGCAGCAUAUCCUGAAUAUUUUGGAAUCCAUAAGGAGCAGCUGAUAAGGAACUGGAUUAGAGGGCAAUUAGUGGAUAAUAUGGGUGACAUGCAAGCAAACUUAGACAGGGGCCAGGCUAUCCUAAGAAAACUUGUUGACAAUUGCUUGUUAGAAGAUGUUGGAAAUGGAAGAGUGAAAAUGCAUGACCUUGUAAGAGAUAUGGCAUUACGUAUCCAACAUCAGCUUUAUUCCUCAUAAAAUUAACUUUCAAUUAGAGCCAAAUGUACAAAGAGUAGGUGCCUGUCCUGUGGAAAGUGAAGACAUAUCAAAGGGAGUGAUUGUAUGCUAUUUUUUUUUUCUUUUCCAACUGACUGAAAUUCCCAAGGAACAUCCACACAUAGCUCUUUGCAUUUCGUAGUAAUUGUAGAAAAUAAAGAUGUCCUUCUCGUUUUAAUCCUAGUGUUAUGAAAUAAUUAACACUAUAAGGAACCUAGAAAGUGUCGCAUAUGAAACACUUAAGCCUGCAUUGAUCUUUUUUCCAUCUGCAAAUGACAAAAAAUUGUGGCAUACAAGUACGAAAUCCACUGACUUGGGAUUCAUAAUUUUUCUAA